AUGUCCUUUUAUGUGAAGGUGUAUGAACGUAUCAAAGCACCAUUUUUGACACUUGUUAGUUCAGGAAGCCCAGAACAGUCUUAUGUUGUUUUAAGUCAUCUGCAUCUUUUGGUGAUGCAAGCACUGUAUAUAUUCUCCUCAUAUUACAAACUCUUCUAUUGCCAGUAUAAUGAACCAUUUUUUGUCAAAUGACUGAACCUUGAAAUGUUGGCUGCAGUGGCAAAUGAGAGCAAUACUUACGAGAUCUUGACAGAAUCAUGUGAAUAUGCUGCAAAUAUCGAUAUUCCCAUUGCCAGAGAGUCAAUUAGAGCUCUUAGCAAAAUGACACUACAUCAGUAUGAUGUAAAUGCAAUUGUUGAUAGGCUUCUUCAAUUUCUUGAAAUGGAGAAAGAUUAGACAGCUGAAGCUCUGGUGCUUGUGAAAGAUCUUCUUAGAAAAUAUCCUCAGUGGAGCCAUGAUUACAUUGCUGUGGUUGGGAGCAUAAGCAGCAAAAAUGUACAAGAACCAAAGGCAAAGUAAGCUCUUAUAUGGAUGUUUGGGGAAUAUUCACAGGAUAUGCAAGAUGCUUUUUAUGUUUUGGAGAGUCCAGUUGAAAACUAGGAUGAAGAGCAUUCUGCCGAGGUCUAUUUACAUCUUCUCACUGCAGUGAUAAAGUGUUCUUUUAAAAGUCCACCUGAGACCCAAAAUGCAUUGGGAGCUGCAUUGGCUGCAGGUAUUGCUGAUUUAAACCAGAGCUUGUUCUACUAUAGGAUUUUACAGUAUAAUGUAUCGGUAGCAAAACGUGUGGUGAACCCUCCAAAGCAAGCUGUUUAUUCAAAGCAGUAAAAUCAAAGAUCGCAUUUUUUUGAUGAAUUUAAGUUAUCUGUUGUAUACCAGAAGCCAUCUUGCAUGUUUACAGAUAAGGAACAGGGUCCAUUUGAGUUUUCAGAUGAACUCGGAAAUCUAUAUGGAGAAGCAGCAGAUAACGUUGUUUCUGCUCUGAGAGUUGAGGAAAAUGAUAAGGAUCUGCUUUUAACUACUUCUGAGAAAGAGGAAACUAGAGGUUCAACUAAUAAUGGUUCUGCAUAUACAGCUCCUUAUGAUGGUUCGUCUACACAGACAGAAUUGGCAAUAUCAAAUCCCACCGCAGCAGGCCAUUCUUCACAAGCAGCAAGCUCGGCAAUUGAUGAUCUGCUUGGUGUUGGUUUACCAGCAGCUGCACCUGCUACUCCAUCUCCUCAAUUGAAGCUUAAUACAAAAGCUCUCCGGGAUCCAAGCACAUUUCAGCAGAGGUGGCGCCAAUUGCCAGUUGCUUUAUCACAGGAGCACUCAGUAAGCCUUCAAGGCAUCGUGGCACUGAUGGCUCCUCAAGCUCUUGUUCGGCACAUGCAAAGCCAUUCCAUCCACUGCAUUGCAUCGGGCGGUCAAUCCCCGAACUUAAAGUUUUUCUUCUUUGCGCAAAAAAUGGAGUCAUCGACAUCUAAUUAUCACGUAGAAUGUAUAAUCAACACAUCAUCUGCUAAAACCCAAAUUAAGAUCAAAGCUGAUUAUCAAAGUACAUCCCAGGUAUUCUCAACUCUUUUCCAGUCGGCUUUGUCCAAAUUUGGCAUUUCCUGA